AUGAAUAGAGGAGCUUUACCGGAGAUGAUACACUGCCUCACCAUUCCGGCUAAUAUCGCCGGAAAUAAUGGUCGUGCUGGUAUUGCAAUGAGAGUGCUCGAGAGACAACAGCAAUCAGGUACUCAUCUGAAUGAGGAUUAUCAGUUGAGAAUGUUUUCUGUACCUUCUGUUGAAGAUCAACAGUUUCAAGGUUUGGUUGAGAGUGAUCAAGGCAUUGGACAACUCGUGGCUCAGGCAAUGAAACCGGACCCUGGUGUAGAAGAUGGAAGGAAUAAUUUUUGCAGAGCUGAGAGUAGUUUGAAUUAUGCUGGUUGUGUAUUUGGAAAUGGGUCUAAAUUUGAAAUGAAUUACCCGAUUCCAAGAACCGCCAGCUGCCCACCAGCAGUGGCUGCGGCAAUGCCAGAGGUGGCAGCAGUUGCUAACAAAGGAAAGGAGGCGGCCCUGCUGGAAAAGCUGGGCUCUGCAGCCGGAAGAGAGAGUUUCAAGAAGAGGAAGUCCUAUAAGACUAGGGAUCUUAAGGUCGUUGCAGAAGAACAAAGCAGAGAGAAAAAGGCCAAGGGAUAUAUAGAAGAAGAGGAUUCUAAGAUCACAGAGCAAAAUAGCAACAGUAAGAGCACCACCACCACGACUAGUAACAACAACAACAAAGAAACUUCUGCUGAUAAUUCGAAGGGAAAUUCAAAGCUCUCUGAGAUUCCAAAGCUCGACUACAUUCACGUUCGAGCACGACGUGGGCAAGCCACUGACAGCCACAGCUUGGCAGAAAGAGUAAGGAGGGAAAAAAUUAGUGAAAGAAUGAAGUACCUGCAAGGUCUAGUACCUGGAUGCAAUAAGAUCACUGGGAAAGCUGGAACGCUGGACGAAAUCAUCAACUACGUCCAAUCUCUUCAAAGACAAGUAGAGUUCCUCUCCAUGAAACUCGCUGCAAUCAAUCAAAGCCUUGAAUUUGACAUAGAAAACUUCAUAGCUAAAGAGAUGUUUCCAGCUAGGAUAUCUAGCAUUCCCACAGUUGGGAUGUCGUCCGACUUCAUUAAUCCUUCUCACCUUCAGUUCAACUCAUUACCGCAAGGAGUUUCAUGUUAUGGUCUAGAAAUGGGUGUAAAUCUUCCUGAUGUAAUACUUCGGAGAACCAUCAGUGCUCCGGUAUCAAUGCCAGAGAUAUUCCUUGAAUCUUCCAAUUUAAAUCAAAUUCAGCAUUCAAGCUGGGAUCCCGAGUUACAAAAUCUCUAUGGCAUGGAGUUUCAUCAAGGAAAAUCAACUUCAUUCAAUACUCAGCCAUUUACAGGUUUCACAGAAGCAGGGGAUGUGAAACUCUAG